AUGAAGUACAUCACACCAGCGCUAUGUGCGCUGCUGGUCAGCAGAGGCUAUGCACAAGAGGCUGAUGCUUCUGGCACCGACACCUCAGUUGCUGAGAGGCCUACCUUUACACCUACCAACUUGAAAGCGCCCUUCCUCGAACAGUUCACAGACGACUGGGAAACACGGUGGAAGCCAUCACAUGCAAAGAAGGAGGACUCCAAAUCGGACGAGGACUGGGCCUAUGUUGGCGAGUGGUCCGUCGAAGAGCCAUCGGUACUGCCUGGUAUAGUUGGUGACAAGGGUCUUGUUGUCAAAAACCCUGCUGCUCACCAUGCUAUCUCUGCCAAAUUCGAUAAGCCUAUCGAUAACAAGGGCAAAGAUCUGGUUGUGCAGUACGAGGUCAAAUUACAGAAAGGCCUCGAGUGUGGUGGUGCAUAUAUGAAACUGCUGAGGAACGACAAGAAGCUGGCUUCUGACGAGUUCUCCAAUGCUUCACCAUAUGUGAUUAUGUUUGGUCCCGACAAAUGCGGAACUACAAAUAAGGUUCACUUUAUCUUCAAGCACAAGAACCCAAAGACCGGCGAGUACGAAGAGAAACACCUCAAGAGCCCUCCCUCGAUCAAGAAUGAUAAACUCUCACACCUUUAUACUCUGAUUGUGAAGAAGGAUAACACCAUGGAGCUCUUGAUUGAUAACAAAUCCAUGAAGAACGGUACUCUUCUCGAGGACUUCUCCCCUGCCGUCAACCCACCUGCCGAGAUCGACGAUCCCAACGACAAGAAACCUGAAGACUGGGUCGAUGAAGCUCGAAUUCCAGAUCCAGAAGCUAAGAAGCCAGAGGACUGGGAUGAGGAUGCCCCUUUCGAGAUCGUUGAUGAAGACGCCGAGAAACCAGAUGACUGGCUCGAGGACGAACCAUUGACCAUUCCCGACCCGGAGGCGGAGAAGCCAGAAGAUUGGGAUGAUGAAGAGGAUGGUGACUGGAUUCCACCACAAAUCCCAAAUCCAAAGUGCGAGGAGGCUUCGGGUUGUGGCAAAUGGGAACCACCAAUGAAGAAGAAUCCAGCGUACAAGGGCAAAUGGACUGCACCAUACAUCGACAAUCCAGCCUACAAGGGUGUUUGGGCACCACAGAAGAUCAACAACCCUGAUUACUUUGAGGACAAGACUCCUGCCAACUUCGAGUCAAUGGGUGCGAUCGGCUUCGAGAUCUGGACCAUGCAGUCAGACAUUACCUUUGACAACAUCUACAUUGGUCAUUCCAUCGCUGAUGCUGCUGCUCUCCGAGCUGAGACUUUCGACGUCAAGAAGCCCGUUGAGGACGCUGAAGAGGCCAAGUCCAAGCCUAAGCCUUCUGAGAAGCCCAAGUCUCCUCGUGACCUUGUCUUCAUGGAUGAUCCAAUUACCUAUAUCAGGGAGAAACUCGACCUCUUCGUCACCUUGGCGAAGAAGGACCCCAUUGAGGCGAUUAAAUUUAUGCCUGAAGUCGCUGGUGGUAUUGGUGGUGUUCUCGCUCUCACUAUUGCAUUUGUUGCACUCCUUGCUGGUUCUGGAACUGCCGCUGCUCCAUCUAAGGAGGAUAUCAAGAAGACGGCGCAGCAAGCCAAGGAGAAAGCUACAGAGGUUAAGGAUCAAGCUGUUGACGCCGUCGCAUCUGGUGCUGAGGCUGUCAAGGACGAGGUCAACAAGAGGACAACUCGAUCCUCUGACAAGCCAGAGUGA